AUGUCCAGCUUCGGCUGCGGGAGACCCGGGCGGGAUUUUCACGAGGCGCGCCUCCACUCCGCCUGGCCGGCUGCCUGGGGCCUUUCCACCCGUGCUGAUGGCCGGCCCUUACUGGAGAACCAACCCCUCAUCACCGAUACAAUCGCCAUCCGAGCCUGCUUCCUUGGCUUUGUGUUUGGCUGUGGAGUGCUGCUCAGUUUUAGCCAAUCUUCCUGGAAUCAUUUUGGCUGGUAUGUGUGCUCGCUGUCCUUAUUCCACUAUUCUGAGUACUUAGUGACAGCUGUCAACAAUCCCAAAAGUCUGUCUUUGGACUCAUUUCUCCUCAAUCACAGUCUGGAGUACACAGUGGCUGCUCUUUCUUCUUGGAUAGAGUUCACACUUGAAAAUAUCUUUUGGCCAGAACUGAAGCAGAUCACCUGGCUCAGCGCCACGGGGCUGCUGAUGGUCAUCUUUGGAGAGUGCCUGAGGAAGGCUGCCAUGUUCACUGCGGGCUCCAACUUCAACCACGUGGUGCAAAAUGAAAAGUCAGACACCCACACUCUGGUGACAAGCGGGGUAUACGCUUGGUUCCGGCACCCUUCCUAUGUGGGGUGGUUUUAUUGGAGUAUUGGAACUCAGGUGAUGCUGUGCAAUCCCAUCUGUGGUGUCGUCUAUGCCCUGACAGUGUGGCGCUUCUUCCGAGACCGGACGGAAGAAGAGGAGAUCUCACUCAUUCACUUCUUUGGGGAGGAGUACCUGGAGUAUAAGAAGAGGGUGCCCACGGGCCUGCCUUUCAUAAAGGGCGUCAAGGUGGGGCUAUGAUGGGCUGGGGCCUGGCUGGACUGAGGGUCUCGGACCCCCCACAGCCCUAGACAAAACAGCUUCCAGUUGGCCACUAUAGAAUGAAUUUUCUUAAUAAUUUUAUACGUCAAUAACUACUCUUCUGGAAUGUCACCCAAGACCAAAUGGUCAGAAGGCCUUAGGACCAAAGGACCCAUUGGAGCAAUUAAUUUUUGUGCUGAAUCAAGGUAGGACACAGAUUAGCAAUGAACAAGGCACAAAUCACAGCAAUAUUCAUCAGUGCCCUUGCAGAGAGGCCUGGUGAGAACCCAGGUCACUCCCAGUGCCCCCGAGGCUGGAGUGUGACCCUGUGACCCAACCCGAGAGAUAGGUGCUGCUCGCUGCCGAGCUCUGCCCAGGAAGGGCCAUGAUGUGGCCACCUAUCAGCACUGAAAAUGCACCGAAUCCUUUCACUGAACAGAAAACACAGCAGCACAGCUUUAACCUCUACCGCAUCCUUGAAUGCAUGAACAUCUAUACAAUGCUAAAGACCCUUCUGUGACAUCUUGGCUCUUCCCACAUUUAACCCUACUUACGCAUCUACUCAUAAGCAGCCUAGGUUCAAAGGGUCCCACUUGUUAUUUCCAUCUCCAGGUUUUAUUAGGUAGUCAGUAAGCACAGACCCUGGGUCCCGUUGUCAUGUCGUUUUUGUGUGACUUUGGCACCCCAGGCAUGGGGUGGGGGGAUCAAAGGCCUUUUGGCUCUCCUGGGGUCUGACCUCCCCGACUCCUGUAAUAGAAGAAGUGCUUACUGAAGUCUUUCCCAGGCAAGGAAUUGCUAUGUAUUGAGAAAUGCUGCCCUCCAUUUAUUUGAGGUUUUUAUUUUCCUCUUACCAUAGCUCAUAGUUCUGAGCUUUAGUGUAAAUCUACCACACACUGUUUUCCGUUCUUGGGUCCCACCCUACCAAUUCUGUCCUAAGCUGUCUUCUCUGCCACACCACACACGACUAAAUUCAGGCCAGUCAACCGGGUAGAGCAGCUAGCCCAGCCAGGGCUCGGGCGGCACUUUUUCUGCAAGUUUGUGGGGAAAAUUUGGCUUUUUAUGUCAAACAUGGAAGAU